AUGCCCUCGCCAUUCCUUUUCCUGGCUCUGUCUCUGUCUCUGACACAUUCCAUCCAGGUUGCUGCAGAACCCAGUUUUGAUGCCUGGUCCCAAUUGUGGAAACCCUGCCCAAGGGCCUGCAGCGAAAUCCCAUCUCCGGCCGAAUGGGCGGUUUAUCGCAAUGUGGAUCAACUGGCCACUUGCAAUCAAACUUUGCGUCUAGACUUUUCUUUGUACAAUCCCUCGAAUCCGGCCAUUCGCGCCUGUUCUGCGUCUGAAGAUUACCCAGCUGCCAAGGCCCCCCAACCUCAGGCCUUGGUCUCAUCUGGGUUCACUGAUCAAGAAGUCACCCUGCAAAUUGGCUGGUGGAAUACGGCUUCGUCUUUACCAUCUGCAGGCGUAAAGUCCGCGCUGGAACAUGUCCGAAAGGCGCUCUUGGCCUCAGAAAAUGACAAACCAACAACUGCGUAUAGCUACCAUGGGAAAUCCAUCAUUGGAGUGUACGCUGGACGGGGGGUUCAGCACUCGGACGCUGCUACCACUGUAUUCCAAGAGUUCACAAAUCAUAUCGCAUCCCAGGAUUUGGUCGGCCGAAUUGCCCUGCAGUAUUGCAGAGAGAAUUCCAACAAAGCGAUCGGUAUCGUCGUCGAUGCCAGCGGCGACCUCGCGGCUGUGCAGCGCAUUGUCCGGGGCUGGGUCGACGGGGAGUGCCAGACCGACUUUGACGGUGUGAAGGAGCUCCCCCACUCCAUCCUGCAUAUGCAAGAUGAUGCGGCAUCGGGCCCCGUCUCCGAAUCGCGGAGUCGAGGAGCUGCCGAAGAAGGCCACUUGCAUUCUCCUCAAGGGCGGGCUCAUUCUCACCAUCGACGAGCUAUUUGCCGCACGAUCCAGGUUGCUCCUGGAGACUCCUGUGGGGCGCUGGCCGAACGGUGCGGACUCUCUCCGGCGGAUUUCACCAAGUUCAAUCCCGACAAGAAACUCUGUUCCUCACUGCAGCCGGAACAGCAUGUGUGCUGCUCAGCGGGUACAUUGCCCGACCUUAGGCCCAAGCCAAACGGGGAUGGCACUUGCGCCUCGUAUGUUGUCCAGACGGAUGAAUCCUGCCACAAAUUAGCAGUUACCAACGGCCUCAAGCAGGAGGAUCUGGAGAAAUUCAACAAGCACACCUGGGGUUGGAGUGGGUGUAGCCGGAUUCAGGCCCAGCAAACUAUUUGUCUCAGCGAGGGAACGGCUCCCAUGCCCUCUAUUGUCGACAAUGCUGUGUGUGGUCCGCAAGUGCCAGGGACCGCAAGGCCAAAGGACAUGAAUGAUCUUGAGGGUCUCAAUCCUUGUCCGCUCAACGCGUGCUGUGAUGUCUGGGGUCAGUGUGGUAUUACCGAUGAGUUCUGCACCGAGAGCAAGUCUUCCACUGGGGCCCCUGGUACUGCGGCCCCUAACACGAAUGGCUGUAUCUCCAACUGUGGUACUGAUAUUGUGAAUAAUAAAAAGGGGCCAGAUGAGUUUAUCAGCAUUGGCUACUUUGAGGCGUGGAACGCUGAGCGUGGCUGUCUGAAUAUGGACGUUACCAGCUUCGAUACAGCAGUUCACACUCAUCUCCAUUUUGCCUUUGCAGAGAUAACAGAAAGCUAUGAGGUGGACGUGUCCCUGGUUCAUACUCAAUUUAAUAAGCUGAAGAACAUGGGCUCCGUAAACCGUAUUCUGACAUUUGGUGGAUGGUCCUUCUCGACAAGAGCGGAUUCCUUCCCGAUUUUCCGCAAAGGCGUGUCGGCAGAGAACCGAGAGGUCUUUGCCACGAAUGUGGCUAACUUCAUUGUGGAAAAUGGACUUGAUGGAGUGGACUUUGACUGGGAGUAUCCUGGAGCCCCUGACAUUCCUGGUAUUCCUCCCGGUGACCGCGAUGAUGGAAAGCGAUAUCUGGAAUUCUUGAAGAUGGUGCGGGAAAAGCUACCCUCUGAUAAAAGCCUGGCGAUUGCUGCCCCGGCCUCGUUCUGGUAUCUGAAGGGCUUCCCGAUCGAGGAGAUUUCAAAGGUGGUAGACUAUAUUGUCUUCAUGGCCUACGACCUCCAUGGGCAAUGGGACUACGGAAACAAGAACUCGAUGCAGGGAUGUCCAGAUGGAGAUUGCCUCCGCUCGCAUGUUAAUCUCACCGAGACAAAUACUGCUCUGUCCAUGGUUACCAAGGCUGGGGUGCCAUCUUCGAAGAUCAUUGUUGGGGUGAGUAGCUAUGGCCGGUCGUUCAAGAUGACUGAGCCAGGUUGCUCCGGUCCCAUGUGCAAAUACGUCGGGCCCGAGUCCGCCGCGAAGCCUGGGAAGUGCACCAUCACAGCCGGGUAUAUCUCUGACGCAGAGAUCAAUCAGAUUUUGAAAGACGAUCCGACUGCCAAAAAGACCUAUGAUGCGUCCAGCGACAGUAGCAUCCUUGUCUACGACUCCACGCAGUGGGUGGCUUACAUGGACACUGAAAUAAAGAGAAAUCGCACCGAGCAGUACCGACAACUCAACAUGGGCGGCAUAUCGGACUGGGCGGUUGAUCUUCAGUCAUUCGCAAACAGUCCUCGGGGUGGCAACAACUCUCCUGAGAACCAAACCGUUGUCUACGUAGAUUCCAGCAUUUGGGGGGAUGAGAACCCGCAGGUGACAUGCCCGGCACCUUGUGCUCUCGUCCUCCCCGACUAUCCUCUUGGCUCCACCACCGUUAUCACUCCUCUCCCGCAUGUCACCACGCUGGAUGUGGCCUGGCCAACUCCGACGGAGAUAACCAGGGCCAACGGGGAGGUUAUCACCACCACCACCGUCACACGAAUUCUACAGGAGACCACUAUCAUUGUUCCGCCAGUUACGGUGUCCGAACUGCCCAUGGCCAAUAUCAAUAUCACUAUUCCACUCGACGAGGACGAAAAAGUGACAAUCACGCCGAAGCCUCGGUUCCCUCCUGUGAUUGUCACUAUUACUAAUGACCCCAACCCAUUGUCUCGCACAGGUGUCUUGCAUCCUCCAGUGACACGAAGCGUGACUGUGCCUCCCUGGCCCCAGACCACCGUCAUCUAUGUCCCACCUAAGGGGAACACCGAUGAUGAGGACGACAACACAGACAGAGAUGAUCAAAACAAGGACGGCAAAGACAACGACAACAAGGACAACGACAACAAGGACAACGACAACAAGGACAAUGACAAGGAUGAAAACAAUAAGGAUGACAAGGAUAAGGACAACAAAGACAACGACGACAAGGACAAGGGCGGUAGUCAUCACAGGAUCGAGUUCCCACAUAUACCCACCAUCACGGUGACUCACGGCCCUGGGUCCCCUAUUUGCAGAGGACAGAAGUGCGGCCAUCUGUGCGCCGAUGACUUUUGCGGGUGCAAACAUGGCUGCGGUGGUGGUGACAACGGAUUCUCCGAUCCAACCGACCCCAAUCCUCCCCCAGUCCCCCCGCAUCCCCAGGACCCCAAGGACAGAGAUUCAUGCACUAGUUCUUCGGUUACCAACUACUGGGUCUCAUGCGACUCCAAAACUGAGGGCCCGACCACAACCUCCUGCACUACCACUAAAAGUCUGGUGGCUGUAGGAUGCGAUGUCACCGCCACAACAACAACCACCGGUGUGGAAUAUUGCCCUACCGUGGACCCAAAUGAUCCCCAGGGAGAGGACGGCGGCAAAUCUCGGGCCAAGCGCACUAAUACUUCGAAAACCAAAGAGCCGCCAAAACCUACCAGUCCUCCAGAGCGACCCUCCUCCACCUCUUCCAAAACGACGACCACUACCAAGACCUCGAAGACAUCCUCCCUACCGUCCGCAACGGCUGCCAGCGGCUGUAGCAGGGUCGGAAGCGGCCGCAGCUUGACCCGCCGCUGCUGGAACAAAUGCGACCCAGGCACGGGGUCGCCCGUUGGCGGCGACUGGGCGGAGAAUGAACCCUGGUGUUGGAUAGCUGAACGCGGCAGCGAUUCGUAUGCCAAUUGUUUGAAGCAAUCCGAUUGUCCAACCGACUUCGAGUGCGCAGAAUCAUGGGGCUGCGUUGUUCCACUGUCCGGUGGGUGUGCGCCUCAGGGCGGCAGCACCGGAUUAGCCAAAACUUGCUGGAGCAGCUGCAACGAGAAAACCGGGAAGCGGACGAACGAUAAGUGGGAACAGGGUAUGCCGUGGUGCUGGCUGCAGGAUAGGAGAUUUGCUAGAUGUGACGAGGACAACGACUGCAGUGCCACCACGGAGUGUGUCCCUGACCAUUGGACCCACGGCGGAUGCAAUACGAGGAACAAGACCUAGAAUCUGGAUGAAAGGAUAUACUAGUGAUCAUGAUAUGGACUGUGCUUUGGGUGGGACUUGGUAUAUGGUCAAUUC